AGUAGAUGUACGUUUUAUCAUCGUAUCGUAUCGUAUUGAAUGAAUAAUAUAAAACGGAUAAACGAAUAUUUUUAUAUCAUGCAAUGAAUUUUUUUUAAUUUUUUUUAAUAUAAUGAAAUUUUUUAUCGUUAAGUGAUCAGCAUAAACAAUAAUAUUUUAUAAAAAUAAAUAAAUUUAAAAAUAAUUUAAAAUUUUGUACCAAAAAAAUCAAUAAAUUUAUAAAUAACAGAUUUAUAACUAUGUUCAUGGUCUAGAGUAAAAGUGCAAUUCAUACUAGAGUAUUUUAUUAUCAUUUUUAAUAUAUUUACAUAAAUGAUACAAAAAAGUUUAUUAAAGAAUUUAAGAUAAAAUAUUCUAUUUUAUAUAUAUAUAUAUAUACAUAUUUUAUAUAUAUAUAUAUAUAUACAUAUAGAUAUAUAGAUUCUAUAGAUAUAUAUAUCUAAUAAUUUUAUAUUUUAAAAAUAAGAAUUUUAAGAAAAUUCGAAAUAAAAAAUAUUUUAAAAAGUGCAAAAUUCAUUUCAUAUAAGCUUAUUGUUAUAUUAUUGUUUUUAUAUUUUUUUAAAUACUUUUUAUAAUAAUGACACAAAUAAAAUUUCCACCAUUAAAAAAUGAUCUGAUUUUAAAAACUAUAAGAGGAGAACCUACAGAACGUAUUCCUAUAUGGAUAAUGCGUCAAGCUGGGAGAUAUCUUCCAGAAUUUCAAGAGAUCAGAUCAAAAUAUGAUUUUUUCUCUAUUUGUCAAACACCUACAUUAGCUUGUGAAGUAACUUUACAACCUAUAAAACGAUUUGAUUUAGAUGCUGGUAUUAUCUUUUCUGAUAUCUUAGUUAUUCCACAAGCAAUGGGUUUAACUGUUGAUAUGAUUCCUGGAAUGGGACCAGUUUUACCCAAACCAUUAAAAGAUCCAACAGAUUUGGUUAGAUUAAUUCAACCAAAUGUAGAAAAGGAUUUAAAAUAUGUAGGAGAUGCUAUAACUUUAACAAGAUAUAAACUAGAAGGAAAAGUACCCUUAAUUGGAUUUACAGGCGCAGCAUGGACAUUAAUGAGCUACAUGAUCCAAGGUGGAGGUAGUUCAACAAUGAUAAGGGCACGAGAAUGGUUAUAUAAAUAUCCAAAUGAGUCUCAUAAACUUUUACAACUUAUUACAAAUGUCAUAAUAGAUUAUCUUGUAAUGCAAGUAAAAGCUGGAGCACAGUUAUUGCAAGUAUUUGAAAGUCAUAGUGAUUUCCUUAAUGAUGAAUUAUUUGAAAAUUAUUCAUUUAAAUAUUUAAAAGAAAUUAGUGAGAAAGUCAGACAGCGUCUAAAAAAAGAAAAUAUUCCUGAAGUACCAAUGAUUGCUUUUCCUAAAGGUGCAACUAUAAAUUCCUUGGAACUGUUAGCAAAAUCUAAAACUUAUGAAGUAUUAGGUUUAGAUUGGACAAUUGAUCCUAUAGAAGCAAGAAAAAAAUUUGGUUCUGAAAUUAUUUUGCAAGGAAAUUUUGAUCCAUGUGCACUAUAUGGUUCUGAGCAAGAAAUAAUCAGUCGUGCACAAGAUAUGGCAUUGAAAUUUGGUAAAAUUCGAUAUAUAGCAAAUUUGGGACAUGGAAUUUUACCAGAUACACCAAUUGCAUCAGUUACUGCUUUUAUCGAAGGAAUUCAUUCAAUAUAAUUUAUUUAUUUGUGUAUUUAUUAUAAAAUUUAUAAUAAAAUACUGUUGAUAUAUUUA